AUGUUACUGAAGCUCCACCCACCCAGUGUGAACAGGUCCAGUGCAGGUAUGUUACUGAAGCUCCACCCACCCAGUGUGAACAGGUCCAGUCCAGGUAUGUUACUGAAGCUCCACCCACCCAGUCUGAUCAGGUCCAGUCCAGGUAUGUUACUGAAGCUCCACCCACCCAGUGUGAACAGGUCCAGUCCAGGUGUGUUACUGAAGCUCCACCCACCCAGUGUGAACAGGUCCAGUCCAGGUAUGUUACUGAAGCUCCACCCACCCAGUGUGAACAGGUCCAGUCCAGGUAUGUUACUGAAGCUCCACCCACCCAGUGUGAACAGGUCCAGUCCAGGUAUGUUACUGAAGCUCCACCCACCCAGUCUGAUCAGGUCCAGUCCAGGUAUGUUACUGAAGCUCCACCCACCCAGUCUGAACAGGUCCAGUCCAGGUAUGUUACUGAAGCUCCACCCACCCAGUGUGAACAGGUCCAGUCCAGGUAUGUUACUGAAGCUCCACCCACCCAGUGUGAACAGGUCCAGUCCAGGUAUGUUACUGAAGCUCCACCCACCCAGUGUGAACAGGUCCAGUCCAGGUAUGUUAAUGAAGCUCCACCCACCCAGUGUGAUCAGGUCCAGUCCAGGUGUGUUAAUGAAGCUCCACCCACCCAGUGUGAUCAGGUCCAGUCCAGGUAUGUUAAUGAAGCUCCACCCACCCAGUGUGAACAGGUCCAGUCCAGGUAUGUUACUGAAGCUCCACCCACCCAGUGUGAUCAGGUCCAGUCCAGGUAUGUUACUGAAGCUCCACCCACCCAGUCUGAUCAGGUCCAGUCCAGGUAUGUUACUGAAGCUCCACCCACCCAGUCUGAUCAUGUCCAGUCCAGGUGUGUUACUGAAGCUCCACCCACCCAGUCUGAUCAUGUCCAGUCCAGGUGUGUUACUGAAGCUCCACCCACCCAGUCUGAUCAGGUCCAGUCCAGGUAUGUUACUGAAGCUCCACCCACCCAGUCUGAACAGGUCCAGUCCAGGUAUGUUACUGAAGCUCCACCCACCCAGUGUGAACAGGUCCAGUCCAGGUAUGUUACUGAAGCUCCACCCACCCAGUGUGAACAGGUCCAGUCCAGGUGUGUUACUGAAGCUCCACCCACCCAGUCUGAACAGGUCCAGUCCAGGUAUGUUACUGAAGCUCCACCCACCCAGUGUGAACAGGUCCAGUCCAGGUGUGUUACUGAAGCUCCACCCACCCAGUCUGUUCAGGUCCAGUCCAGGUGUGUUACUGAAGCUCCACCCACCCAGUCUGAUCAGGUCCAGUCCAGGUAUGUUACUGAAGCUCCACCCACCCAGUGUGAACAGGUCCAGUCCAGGUAUGUUACUGAAGCUCCACCCACCCAGUGUGAUCAGGUCCAGUCCAGGUAUGUUAAUGAAGCUCCACCCACCCAGUGUGAUCAGGUCCAGUCCAGAAUCUUGA